UUUUUGUAUGACUUUGGGUCAAAUAGAAUAGGAAUAGGCCCAAAAUGAUAUGGUGAAAUCCAAUAACUACGAAAACGAUUAGGAUUAGGGUUUAUCAGCGGCAGCAACAAACAUUUCACACUUCGUUGGAACUCACUGCCUCUUGGAACAAUGCCUAAGCAAAUCAACGAGAUUAAGGAUUUCCUUCUCACUGCCAGAAGGAAGGAUGCGAGGUCAGUGAGAAUCAAGAGGAGUAAGGAUGUGGUUAAGUUCAAGGUCAGGUGUUCCAAGUACCUCUACACACUGUCCGUGUUUGACGUUGAGAAAGCUGACAAAUUAAAGCAAUCACUUCCUCCAGGUUUGAGUGUUCAAGACCUUUAGAGGUAUUGGAUGAGAAAUCAAGGAGAGGUGUUUGUUUCAUUCCUGUGAUAUUUGUUUCUCUGUAGUUGAAGAUUUGAAUUUUUGUGAGUUGAUCUUGUAACUUGAGAUUGUAGCCAGGAAAUGGUUUUUGUAAUGAAUGAAAGAUUUGUAUGUCUGAUGGAAUAUUUUAGUGCUAUGGGAUUAAUAAACGUGAAAUUAUCUUCUCUGUUUUAUUUUUA